AAUUUAAUGUAACAAUACAAGAUAGGAGAAAGACAAGCAACCACCAUUCUCUUCAAGCAUCACCAAAUUCAGCCCAACACAAGAAGAGGGGAAAAACAUAAGAAGAAGAAGAAAAAAUAUAAAAAAAACCUCCUUUUUCUUAGAGGAGGAGGUUGAAAGGAAGAAGAGGAAUUGAUCAAUGGUUGGGGAAUCAAGAAAGUGGGUGAUGCUUGUGGCAUCAAUAUGGAUACAAGCAUUCACAGGGACAAACUUUGACUUCUCAUCCUACUCAUCUGAACUCAAAUCUGUCCUUGACAUAACUCAGCUUCAGCUCAACUAUCUCUCUGUGGCAUCUGACAUGGGAAAGGCCUUUGGCUGGUGUUCUGGCCUCUCUCUCAUGUUCUUCCCUUUGUGGGUAGUCAUGUUCAUGGCUGCUUUCUUGGGACUUGUUGGCUAUGGCUUCCAAUGGCUUCUCAUUCAUAGAUUCAUCUCUUUGCCUUAUGCCCUGGUCUUUUUCCUAUGCCUCAUUGCUGGUUGCAGCAUCUGCUGGUUCAACACCAUCUGCUAUGUCUUAUGCAUCAAGCACUUUCCUGCAAACCGUUCCCUUGCACUAUCUUUGGGCAUUGGUUUCAAUGGUUUAAGUGCAGCUUUGUACACUCUCAUUGCCAAUGCAAUAAACUCAAAUGAUGAUACCCUCUAUCUAUUACUCAAUGCCAUUGUUCCUCUACUAAUUUCUGGCCUAGUUCUCAUCCCAAUUCUCCAUCAACCACAGCCUCAACCUCAUUCUGCAGACACCAUUUGGCGCGAUUCAUCAUUUUUUCUUUGCCUCAACAUCCUUGCCCUUGUCACAGGCCUCUACCUCCUCAUCUCAUAUUCCUUCUCUUCUUCCACAGCCAUUGCUCGUGCCAUCCUUGUAGGUGCCAUUUUUCUCCUUGUUUUGUUCUCAUUCUUGCCUGCCAUUUUGAAGUCUAGAGAAUGGUCUUGCUUUGCUGUCCUCAUGAGGUUUUCCUUCUAUUCAAGAUUCCCUCGCGCUGACCCCGAUGACAAUGAGCUUUACAAAGAGCUUAUCGGCAUUGAGGACAGGGCGAGGAGUCAAAGUGCACAAAGCACAGAAGAAAAGGAAUGUUGUCUUGUGAAUGUAUUAGAGAGAGAGCAGAUUACAAUGCUGGGGGAAGAGCAUUCAACUAAGUUGCUAAUAAGUAGGUGGGACUUUUGGCUGUACUACAUUGCCUAUUUUUGUGGAGGAACUAUUGGAUUGGUUUAUAGCAACAACUUGGGGCAAAUUUCACAAUCACUAGGACAGUAUUCUCAGACUUCUUCUCUUGUCACACUCUACUCUACAUGUUCCUUCUUUGGUCGCCUUCUUGCAGCUGCACCCGACUUCUUAAGCAGGAGGAUACACUUUGCAAGAACAGGAUGGUUUGCAGUAGCCCUGGUGCCAACACCAAUUGCAUUCAUUUUACUGUCCAUAUCUGGCAGUGAGCCAGCACUGCACAUAGGCACUGGCUUGAUUGGUCUGAGUUCAGGCUUUGUGUUUUCUGCAGCAGUGUCUAUUACUUCAGAGCUAUUUGGUGCAAACAGUGUUGGUUUGAACCACAACAUCCUCAUCACCAACAUUCCUCUAGGUUCAUGCCUCUAUGGCCUUCUUGCAGCCUUGGUUUAUGAUUCCAAUGGAACAAUGAACUCAAGCCAUGCAAUUUGGCUGCAAGAAAUGUCCAUGUGCAUGGGAAGGAAGUGCUACCUGCAAACCUUUAUAUGGUGGAGCUGCAUCUCAAUGGUGGGAUUGGCUUCAAGCUUCUUGCUUUUCUUAAGGACUAAACAAGCCUAUCACAAUUUUGAAAGAAAUAGUAGUAAUAGUGAUAGAAACAGGACUGAGACAAUGUAGAUUUAAAAUAAGAACUCUUUUCUGAAGAAUAAUGUACCAUUCUCUCAAUCUCAAAUAUGAUCAGAUCAAUCAUAAA